GAUGGGUUGUCUGUUUUACAGGAAUGUAUCCUCGUGAAGGUGAAGCAGAGAGGGAGUCGACACCUGGUCCUGUUGCUGCUGCCCAGGUGAUGGGAAUGCCUCGCCAGGUGGUGGUGGAGACAGGGGGAGGCACCGCCUGGAGCCUCACCUGCUGACCGCUCAGGUGAGCCACUCUACAGCUUACCUCUUCUCUAGUAUCAAGAAAGCGGGGAGGGAGGGUAAUGCCCACCCCGCCAAGACCUUCCCCGUACCGCAACACUCUGCCCUACCUCCUGCUUCUGUUGGCGUCCUGCCUACUUGUCCCUCCUGCGGGAGCUUGGCACACUAUUACUGCUGCCAACUCAACGCCAACCACCGGAAUACCUGCUACCUCUCUCAUGUCUUCCACCCUCGUCGCCAUGACCACCACUCUUGCACCCCUACACGUUCCGGCUGCCAAUUCUACAAGAAUCCCUUCCAUUACAACCACAGCCAUAGUCACUACGCACAUCCAUGUGCCUCGCGAACCUUGUCUUCCCGCCAAACCUGUCGCAGACGUGCCUUUCGAGGAAGUCAGCGUCAUCAAAGAAUCCAGAGAAUUUGCCAACACUGACUACAAUCAAACCACAUUGGCAGACGAUUCUUUAGACAAGUUUGAUGCUAAUGACACCUACCUUAGGGAAGAGUUUAACGUGACGGGGUGGUCGAGGACGGACGUGGGACUGACGGUGCUGAAGGCGAUAGUGAUGUGCACUAUUAUCUUGGUGUCAGUGCUGGGCAAUGUGUUGGUGAUCGUCAGCGUGGCACUUCAUCGCCGACUCCACUCCACUGCUAACUACCUCCUCGUGUCCUUGGCCACAGCCGACAUGCUUGUUGCUCUCUGUGCCAUGACCUUCAAUGCCUCCGUCGAGCUGUCUGGGGGCCGCUGGAUGUUUGGCCGCGUCAUGUGCGACUUGUGGAACAGCUUUGAUGUGUACUUCUCGACGGUGUCCAUCAUGCACCUGUGUUGCAUCAGCGUGGACCGCUACUACGCCAUCGUUCGCCCGCUAGAGUACCCACUCACCAUCACCCGUCGAAUCCUUACCAUCAUGCUGGCCCACUGCUGGUUAGCUCCCACUAUCAUUUCCUUUCUGCCCAUCUUACUGGGUUGGUACACCACCUCCGACCACCUCCGAAGCCGAGACGCUCAACCACAUGUCUGCGCCUUCGUCGUGAAUGCUGUUUUUGCGCUGGUAUCCUCAGCAGUUUCCUUUUGGGUUCCAUGUACCGUCAUGGUGGUCAUGUAUUACCGUAUAUUUCAAGAGGCGCGCAAGCAAGAGCGAGCAAUGCUAUCUCGUGCCUCGUCAGCCAAUUCUGCAGCAUACGCUUCUUCCAUCAGGCGAAAUGCAGCCUUACACCAACAGCAGAGCACUGAAUCAUCGACCGUGGCGCGCCAACAGCUAUUGGUGGCGCUGCAAACAACACCUUUCACGCCGACAGCUCGCCACCAGGAAUUCCUCAUGAAGACAUUCAAUGACACUUCGUCAACAGCAUCCGUAGCGACAACAUCGUCGGGUGUGCCGUCUGUGGUUCCCUCUGGUAACAGUAGUUCCCGCAGCAGCAGCGGCGGUGGUGUGGCCACUAAUGUUGUGGCCAGCAGUGUGGCUGCGGGCAAUGGUGCGAGCGCCAGCACUGUCUCAAAGAAUAGCGGCACGAAUGGUACCAACAGUGUCAGCGGGUGGAGGAGCGCCCGGCACGGUAGUACGGCCUCUUGGCACGGCCCCUCGCGGCACAACUCUCACGUGCCGUGCAACCGUCGCAUGCACAGCACCCCACUGGUAACGGGCAAGCCGGGGCCGCUACCGGUGGGGCGGCGAGAACACAAAGCGGCUCGAACACUCGGGCUCAUCAUGGGAGCCUUCGUGCUUUGCUGGCUUCCCUUCUUCACCUGGUACGUCAGCAUCAAUGUAUGCGGCCCCUCCUGCCGCUGCCCCCACGCCGUCGUCACUGCACUCUUCUGGAUUGGCUACUUUAAUUCCACGCUCAAUCCCUUCAUCUACGCCUACUUCCGUUCGGACUUCCGGCAGGCUUUCCACCGAACUCUCAAACGGAUGAGUUGCUGCCGGCCUCGCCAGCCAGCCGGAGUGUUCGUGUGAUCCCCGCGUUCGGCUCGCCAUUACCUGCACCAGCUAAGUCAUGGUGCUACGCCGGUCUGCUUGACUGACAACUGGAAAUAAUGUGAAUAUUUAUCGGUUAUGUCAGCGAUGGUAUGUGUCCGGAAACAAUAAUUAUCUAGUCAUUAUGACAGUCUUACUGAGUGAGUAAACUAUCUGGUUAUAUUAAAUACCCAUUUAGAAUCAAUGUGUUCCACUUUAAUAUUGAGAGUGACACUAACGGUGCACAAAAGCCUGAUCACAACCCCGAUAUCCAAUUGUUUCGUCAAGGAUAGAGAUUUGAUCUUGGGUCUGUCAUCACUUAAGCGUCUGAGAUUAUUUUCAGUGCUCCUUGUCAUAUUAAUGUUCCCUUGCAUCUACCUUGUUUUGUUUAUUUUUUCGCAAAACAAAGCACAAUAUGACAAACAGACUCCCCCGUAUUUAUUUUAUUUAAAAUUACCCUUAAUGUGUAUACAAAAAUUACUGUGCAUUAUUACAUGUAAAAUACUGUGUAUAUAUAUAUAUAUAUAUAUAUAUAUAUAUAUAUAUAUAUAUAUAUUAUAAUCCAACAAUAAGCAAGAAUUAUAUAAUGUAGCCACGAGAUAAUUUUUCGUAACACACUUUAAUGGAAAAAAAAAUCAAAGUGACGAGAAUCAGGUUAUUACAGUAUAUGUUUAGAACUAACGUUCAAAAAACGAGAAUUCAACCAAAUAAUUUUGGAACAAAAAAAAACAAAAGACUGAAGGAUAAAUUAUUUAAUUCUAUGCUGGCAGUGUAGCCAUGAGGCAGCAGGUGUUGCAUGCUCAAUUAGCACUGAGGUCAGGGACAUGUAUAUACAAAUUAUAUAUGAUUUAUGUAAGCAUUGUACAUAAUUGAUUAUAUAUAUAUAUAUAUAUAUAUAUAUAUAUAUAUAUAUAUAUAUAUAUAUAUAUAUAUAUGUGUGUGUAUGUGUGUGUGUAAAUAGGAAUGAAUCAAAACAUGAAUUAUAUGAAUUGUUUGUCUCGCAUUUACAAAGGAUUCGUGUAACCGCUCGGUGCAAAUUUAAAGUGCACUAAAUCAUUCACGUUUCAAUGAUAAUAAAACAGAAAAGGCAGAUUCCGUUGGCCAACCGUCGCUCAGGAUGAGUUUAGACUUGCCACGUUCAGUAGGAUGAUGAGGCUGGACUUGUCACGUUCAGUAGGAUGAUGAGGCUAGACUUGUCACGUUCA